AACAAGUAUCUCACAGUGUGCAUAACAACAUAUAUCACGAUGAAACUGUACAUCACAUUAUCAGCGCUCGUGGUAGUCGCUCUUUGCGCGCCAUACGAGUCCGAAAACGAUCCAGAACUAGCAGCAGUGAUUGCUCGAAGACGCCUCCCAGCUCUGGAGCAUGAAGAGGUACAUGAUAAAUACGGACAGUACGCGUUGCGCUACGUGACAGCGGAAGGAGUCGUGGUCUCAGAGAGCGGCAGGCUCGUGCCCACGGCGUCCGGCGGUUAUGUUCUUGUCACUGAGGGCGAGAUCUCUUACAUCGGUGAUGACGGUGAACUGUACAUCACCAAAUUCAGCGCGGGUAUUGACGGCUACCAUGCUGAGAGCAACCACCCUCUGGUUGCACCUGAACCGGUCCUGGCUUAAGUUCUCAGUGAUAGGGCUUGAUUUGACGAUACCGAAAUGAAUAUACAGUGAUGAU